GUAAUUUGAUGUGUGUCCCCGGGGACAUUUGAUGGAUUAAAGCUAAGCAGCUCCAUUUCGCAGCACCACCUGAUCUUCCACUGCCUGUGCCCCAUAUAAAGGCUGGCGUGAUUGCUGAUCUCAGCUAGUCUGACAGUCUCUCUCUCUCCCUCCUCUCUCUGUCUGUCUCCAUCUCUUCUCUUCCUCACUGGUCCCUUAAGCCUGCUGCAUCACAGGAGCUAUCCAGUGCUGAACAGGAUCGCUUUUAUUUUUUAUUUUUUUAUUUUUCCGGGGGAAGCUGGGGGAGCCAGAGAGUAUCACACAGCAUUGCCGGCAGCCUUGUUGUCCACUGGUUUCCAUUUUCUUUCUUAUCUUAUGUUUUUGGCUCUUGUCUUCACAUUAACCACAAGGAUUAUCGUCAAGCCAGCUCUGCUUGUGUGCUUCCUCAGAAGGGUCUUUUCAGUUCUCUCAUGCGUUUUUCUCAGCUCUGUGUUUUUAUCCAUUGAAACAUGCCCCGCUCAUUUUUGGUAAAGAAGAUCAAGCUUGAUGAUUUCUCUUCGUCCAAUGUGGCCACUUCCAAUCAUCAUCACCACCUGGACGACUCGUUCACUUUUGCACGCUCCAUCACAGACUCGGUGACCAGCCUCGGGGUUCGUCUCAGCGAGAAUGGAUACAUCCAGGAUUACAUCACGCCAUCUGUAUACCAGGGGGAGAAGAAGAUGGAGCACAAGCUUGCUUCACCAGUGUCAGACCCCCUGUACACCCAGGUGAGCAGCGGAGGGGAGUACUGUGACCCUGACCUGAAGCACCCCGACAGCCCGCAGUCUGGCAUGACCGCCAGCGGCUUCUACACUGGUGAAUCGGAGGCCCUGGCCGAGGGUUACACCAUGGAUGCCUUCUUCAUCUCUGACGGGCGCUCGAGGCGAAAGGGAGAUGGGGAGAGUCGUGGUGGAGGCUCCAGAAGCAGCAGUGCCAACGGUGGGGCUCAGGAGAGGGGAGCCGGCACGCCUCGCCACACCUGCAAUGAGUGUGGCAAGACGUACGCCACCUCCUCCAACCUCAGCAGACACAAGCAGACGCAUCGCAGCCUGGACAGCAAGAUGGCCCGCAAGUGUCCCACCUGUAGUAAAGUGUACGUAUCCAUGCCAGCGCUGGCCAUGCACAUCCUCACCCACGACCUCAAGCACAAGUGCGAGGUGUGCAACAAAGCCUUCAGCAGGCCGUGGCUGCUUCAAGGUCACAUGCGCUCACACACGGGGGAGAAGCCCUUUGCCUGCGCCCACUGUGGCAAAGCCUUUGCUGACCGUUCAAACCUCCGCGCCCACAUGCAAACACACUCUGCCUUCAAACACUACAGAUGCAAGCGCUGCAAUAAGACCUUCGCUCUCAAGUCCUACUUGAACAAGCACUAUGAGUCAGCUUGCUUCAAGGGCUCUGCAGACGAAGAUGACUCUGGAUCAGACAACUAACCACAAGGAAGAAGUAAAACACUGAACCCCUGUUGUAGGUUCACAACCAAUAACCCUGUUCACUCUGCCCUCCAUGCCUUUUUUCUUCCCUUUUUUUAGAAAGCAAUAUUUUCACUGAGAUUACGUGAAGAAACUCUAAUGAUUAUGGCAAAGACAAUUUCAGAAGAUGCUGGAUUUUUUUCCCUGCACAGUAGCUAAUCGUCCACAGAAACAUACAAUCAAACAACCUUCCCCCAAAUAGAGACUGUAGAUGAUAGAUGUACACAAUUCAGCAACAUGCUUGCCACGGAUGUGGGAACAUGGAAACACACAAAGACAUGCGUGCACACACAGACACACACAGACACACACACACGAUAAUAUAUGAGGCCUGGCAUGUGAAUUUUUAUCAAUGACUAAUAUGAUAUUGAUAUCAAUAGUAAUAAUAUUUAGAAUCCUGAUAUUUUAUAGGAAAUAGUAAUGAAAAAAGAAAAAAAAACAUAAAAAAGGACUAACAGUGUUCUUUUGUUUUUUAGAGACAAAAUGACCUCUUGUAUUUUUAUGCUGCUUUUUAUUUGCUAAGAAUUGAAUUCUUUUGCAACUGCCAACAUGAACUUUUUAUGAAAAUGUGAACUAUGACAGUAUUUGCAAAAAAGGGAGAUCAUUUUAAAAGGUAAAAAACACAAACCCCUUUUCCACACCAGUGUUUCAAUUCAAUGGAUGUUAUUUUUCUAUUUGAUUUUUCUAAAUUUAUUUUUUUGUGCUGAUUAUCCCUUCUUAAUCAAAUGCUUCUUUGUAACUGUGGGUACUCACAAAAAAAAAGCUGAGUUAAAUAAGCUAUUUAAGAUCAUAGGUCAUCCAAUUCAAUUCUGCAAGAGCAGUGGUUUUAAAACGUUGGCCUGUUGAACAGGUUAUCACGCACUCCGCCUGAUCAAAUUCAUAGUCUCACCCUGAUGCACAGACACUGAGAGCCAGACCAAAUGAUCUCGUCGUUAUAAUAAGUGCCAUGUGCGGUUGACUCGUCUAUAGCAAUGAAAACUCGUUGUUCUUCCUCCACCGUGGUGGCUUCCAUAAACUCCAGUCUUUACGAGCAAUCUUCACCCAGUGUUCGAGGUGCUCCCCCCCUCCGCCAGUGUUACCUCAGAGUGAAGGUAUGGACUCACCCACCCUCAGUUACAAAGUGACAGUCAAAUUUUUCUGUUUGUCUGUUUUAUAUGUCGCUAAAAGCUCCGCCCACGGUUUAGAUGCAUACCAUCUAUUUAUCAUGUAAAUACUUUAUUUAUUUACCUAUUUAUCUAUUUAUUUAUUUAUUUACCUGAUUUUGUGUAUUUAUUGAAGACUUGCUUAUUUAUCAUGUAUUUAUUUAUGGUUUAUAAUUUUUAAAAAAGGAACAUCCAUUGACCUUGUAAGAUGCUGCUGAUUUUCAAAGAAAAUGUUUAUAUGCAUGAAAACUGUAGAGAGUCCAUGGGACUUAGUUUUUUAAAGAGGAACAAUGUACAGUAGCAGCGCUAGAAGACUUCAAAUGAAUGACUGCAGAAGUAUUUUUGUUUUUGUGGCAAUAACUUACCUGACAUAGCAAUUGACAUGUAUAACAAUCAUAACUCCACCUAGGGCAAUAAAAUGAAACAACUUUAUCUCACGGUUUCUCCAAAGUCCACCUCCCCCUCCUCUUCCUCCUCAUUACUGAAGAUUUUCCGGGACUUUCUGUCUUUAAAUCUCAGGCGACAAGGAAUUUUUAUAAACGGCCGACAUAGACAUGGAUGUAGAUGUAAAAACAAGUCAAAUAAUGUAGGUGUAAUUAAGUUACACCAAGUCUGCAAAGGUGAAAAAGCAAUAAUAAUUGUGAGAAAGUAUCAAAAUCUGUUCGUAUUCACCUGAAAGUAUUACUGUUGUUCAGACCAAGCAGGUGCAAAAAUAUCUUCUGGCAGCUUGAGUAACUGAAUUGCUAGAAGGUUUACAAUAAAUCUCAUUUAACACACUGACAUAAUAAAGCAAUUAAAUAUAGUUAAAUAAAGUCACAACCGAUCCCAAACGUGUCACAUGCCGUUGAAGGAAAUCUCUGAGGCAGAAUAAAGCUGGCUGCAAGUACAUCUUAACCAGCACUAAUGAAAAUGAUCUUGACGUGAACUGCCUUGGUGGAGAAAGUUUUCAAGACUGUUGCAAUAAAACGACGCGCUGUAAUGCACUUCUAACUCCCACAUCAUUUGUCCCGCAUCCCUCCCCACCCCAACAGCCGUCCUCAUCCUGUCCCAACUGCUUCUAAACAGACGCAGCGAGGAUGAGAUGUGCUGAAGUGGGAUUGGCGGAGGGUGGCGGAGUGUGGGAGGAUAACAGGUGUUUGCAGACAGACUGCAGAUAGGGAGCGUAAUUGAGUCGGUGAGCGACCUCCAAGGGGAAGGUCAAGCACCAGCAGGCAAAUGCACUGUCAGCUAUUUGCAUAUUCCAAAUGGAUGGCACGAUCAUAGUAAUGCUGAGCUUGCCCUUAAUAAAACAAAAACACAAUGCUGAGGAUAAAAGAGCGUAAAGAUGAGCUUCUGCUCUGUUUGUCCGUCCUCUCCUCCCCGUUUCACCAUCAUCCUGUCAAUGCUCGCCUAACCGCUACAGCUGAAUCACUGCAUGAGAGCAUCCAAACCACCUGUCUCCUGAUUAACUUGCCGAACACACGUCGCUGUAUUAGUGAACUAAUGCAGAGAUCACUGCUUCCAACUUAUUCUAUGUUUUACAUUUCACCAUGGCAUAUAAGGCAUCUCCAAAACCUUUAUUAAGGCAGAAGGCACCGAGAUCAUUAAAAAAAGAUUGAUUGGACAUAUAUUAUACCUGUAGGCUUCUAUCUAAAACUGCGAGUAUUACAGCUAGUCCUCAGAGAAAAUACUAACUGCAGAGAGGGAGGCACAAUUUGAUUCCAAACUACUGAUUUAGACGUAGGGAAACAUUGUUCCUCUUUGAUAAUUUUGUAAAUAUAUUUGUAAAUAUAUCACAGCAAUAAUAUGACAAUGCAUGUAGACAUUUAAUUGCUCUUUUUCUAUUCAUGCUGUCUUUUUUUAUUUAAAGAAAAAAAAAGACAAAUACAGGUACCAAUUGCAGUCUGGGUGGCCACGUGAAUCAGGGAGUGUCUUGAUUAAAAAGCUAUCUGUUGUAAGUUACAAACAAAAAAACCUUCAAACUCUGUGUAUUCUCAAAGAUUUGAUCAUGUUCUGUUUUUCUUUUUAGUUGUAUUUUUUUUCUUUUUAAUUUAUUUUCUUCUAUUUAUGUGCCCGGCUUGGCUGCGCAAUGAAAAAGUGCCAAAAAGUAUGAUUUCCAUGACAAAAGCCUUCAACAUAUGGUUGGCUGCUUGAAACCUUCCAUAUGGUCCUCAAAGAAAAAAAAAACUGAUUAAGAUUUUCCACUUUCAUCCUCUCUUUCUCUCUAUUUAUCUUCCUUCUCUCUCUCUCUCUCUCUGUCUUUCUCUGUUCCAGCUGAGUAUGAAGAAACUUAAGCCAUGAUUGCUGAGGGGUGUUUUGAUUUUAUCUUGUUCUGCUACAAUUAAUAAUGAUGACAAUAAUAGCAAUGAUAACGUUAAUAAAAACAAUAGCACAAGGAA